CAGUAAGCUGCCCACUCACUUCCUUACAGAUGUGCAUCUGUGCUGGGACACCUUAAACGUAAGACAAACCUCAGUCAUUGGAUUUAAAUAUCACAAGUAAAAACAAACCAAAUUGCUUUAGCCACCAUCACACCAUCGUCAAACUGACAAGGACACGUUACCAUGACUAACAGAUUCACCCUGCUCAUCUUUAUCCUUUCUCUCAUACAUCAAAAUGUUUUUUCCGAUUUUAAUGUGAGUUUCCCGCUGGACCACACUCUUUAUGAAAAUGGAUCGAUCAGUGUCACAUGUGUGCAUGAUAUACACAAAGGCCUUAAAUGGGAGGCCAAGCUAAAAACGAACAAGGGCGAAAUUGUGUGUGAGAUUAAAAAAAUCCAAUACCCAAAUAAUACGUGCGAUUGGGAUCAUACGGACAACAAAUUCAAAUUCACCUUGAAGAAACCGGAGGCCAGAUACAAAGAUCUACUGUUUUUCUGCGAGAUUUCCCAAGUUAAACCAUUUCCAGUAUUAACUAGAAAAGGACCGGAAAUCAAGCUUUUCAGUGGUUCAAAUAUUCCUUUUCCUCCACCGUCGAGAGUGUGUUCAUGCCCUACCCAGACACCAGGACUGGAGAAUUGCCCGCCGACAGACGAGACCUCGCAUGAAAACAUAUACACCCUUGUAAUCAUUGGUAUGAUUGUUAUAGUGGUGGUCCUCUUUCUUUAUGGUGCAGUUAUCACCGGUCUCUACAUCAGAUUGAAGGCUACAAAGGUUGAGUCUUCUGACACUCUCACCUAUGUGCCAAUGCAGAGGAAAGUAAGACAGCAUGAUCCAGACAACACAGAAUAUGUUGACAUGCGUGAGGUGCAGAAAAAAGAAAGAUCCAUCAGAGAUGUAAACCACAACUGCUGAAAAGAUCUGCUUAGAUCACCAUGAAUGUUCAGACUGGUUUAUAAUGGAGAGUUAGCUGGUGUACUAGUAUGGUCCUUAUGGUGAUCUCAGUUAACAAAGAACCUUUUAUGAGAAUGUUCCUUUUCCAAGGACCCUGGUUGAAAUACAUUGCCCAACCAACAUCCAAUGCUGAUGACCAGCAUCCAGAACACAAUGCCUAUAUAUAUACAACACCUUCAGACUCUUGGAUGUAAAUAUAGUUAAGCCACAAGCUGAAAAUAUCACAGGACAAAAACACUGACUUUAUGAUAAUUGCAUGUAUAUGGCUACACCCUUAUACAGCAGCACAGUCUUGAUGAAUGUUUUCAUUUAUAAACUCAUGUACAUUACUCUAUUCAUUUAAAUGUAGCUAUGUCCAGCAGAAAGUUUAUCAUAUUUUAUAUUCUUGUUUAAACAUGUUUUAGUUGUAGGUCCCAUGGACCAAUAAACCUUGAUAAUAUCUGG